AAGCCAAUAAUAUACUCACGUACUUCGUAUAAAAUAAGAAAUAGGGUUCUGAAUUCUGAUGCAAAAGACAAGCUAAAACAACAGAGACUAACUUUUCUAUGGCCGAGAAAGCUAAGAAGCUGUGUUACGAGAGGAGGGCGGCUUGCAUCAUGAAGAAAGCAAUGGAGUUGCAAAUACUGUGCAGUCUGAAAGUUGGUGUUGUUAUCCUGAGCCCUGACGGCAAGCUGGAGAGUUGGCCCCCUGAACUCAACGACGUGAAGGCUUUACUCGAUGCUUGCAAGGAAAUGGGGCCUAGGGUUAAGAGCGAGAAAAGGAAAGAUCAGGCGGUCGAGACUUCUUCUCACAGUUGCCGGGAAAUCUUGGUUUCAAAGCUCCAGCUUUUGAAGCAGAGGGAGGAGUUGUUUAAGGGCAAAGAGAUUGCAACAGCUUCCCGAGGGGGAGAAACUCUGGUGAGAAGCAAGAAAAGGAAAGAUUUUGGUGAACAAGGGUGCCUGGAAAUCUUGAAUUCAAAACUCCAGCUUUUGAAGAAGAGGGAGAUGGUGUUCUUAAAUCGUUCUGGCAAUUCAGAAGCAUCUGCUGAGGGCAAAGAGAUUUUUUCAAUGGAAGAAGGAAUUGAAUCACUCUGUGAUGGUAUACUUCUGACACAAAACCUUUAUGAUGAUCUUCAUCUUGGGGGUAAGGGCAAAGGAAUUGCUACAAUGGAUUCAGCGUGUGGCGAAAAAGGAGAAAAUGACAGCUUUUGGACAUCUACCACUUCAGAAGGCACCAACACAAAGAUUUUCAAAUGUUCUAAUGGAUAUAUUAGAAAUGGAGCAAGCUGACCUGCGAAGACGAAUAAACAAGGAGGACUCAA